CAGCUAGAAUGGAGUUGCUCAGCUUUGCCACUUGUCCAUAAAAGGAAACUCAUGCAGCAUAUGUAAUUUCAGUACAAGGAUGGAGUCAGCUGGGGGGAAAUGGAUGGCUUAUCAGUGUUUUCAUUUCAUAUGUAAAUUAUGAUAAUUACAAACUGUUCCUUUAACUGGGGAGAGAAAAAAAACUUUUGUACAUGGUGAGGUAGAGUCAGUUGUUUCACCCGCCCAUUCAGUCAUGCAUGAGCUUGAGCCCCGAAGAAUGAGGAAAAAGUGUACCUUCUGCUCAUUACUCUGCAGACUCACGCACGCGCACACACACACACACACACACACACACACACACACACACACACACACACACACACACAGACAGCCUCAACAUCUCUGAUAUCUCAAAUGGGGAUGUUUUUGCCUCAUAUUUGGACAGUCCUGGCUGUUCUAACAGCACUUUCUACAGUUUCAGGCUCAAACAUAUGUACCUCCAGAGGUGUUGGAACCUGCAAAGAAUGUUUGUCCGUUCAUCCGUCUUGCGCUUGGUGUUCUCAGAAAGACAUGGAUCCCAGCAGCUCCACUGUUUCCCGUUGUGACCUAAAGUCCAUCUUGCUCCAGUCUGGAUGUAAAGCAGAGUUUAUUGAGUCUCCAGUUAGUAGCAUUGUAGUGGAAGAGGACCGCCCCCUCAGUGACCGCGCUCAAGGCUCGACUGGUGACAUCACUCAGAUUCGACCACAGCGCAUCCAGCUGACCUUGAGGCCAGAUGACUCGAAACGUUUUACAGUGACCGUUCGGCAGGUCUCUGAUUACCCUGUAGACCUCUACUACCUGAUGGAUUUGUCCUAUUCUAUGAAAGAUGACUUAAACAGCCUCCGCUCCCUCGGCAGUGCUCUGGCUGAAGCUAUGGGUAGUAAAACUAGUAACCUGCAAAUGGGGUUUGGGGCAUUUGUGGACAAAACACUCUCACCGUACAUGUAUAUGUUUCCAGACGAGGCCAUAAGCAAUCCCUGCCUUGGCAUUGCCACUACCUGCUCACGGCAAUUCGGUUAUAAGAACGUCCUGUCACUUACGGAGCAGGUUACUCGUUUCACAGAGGAAGUGAAAAAACAGGAAGUAUCACGUAACAGAGACUCACCAGAAGGAGGAUUUGAUGCAAUCAUGCAGGCCGUGGUCUGCAAGGAUAAAAUUGGGUGGCGGCCUGAUGCAUCCCACCUCCUGGUGUUUACUACAGACGCUACAAGCCACAUUGCGCUGGAUGGCAGAAUCGCAGGCCUUGUCCAGCCCAAUGACGGACAAUGUUAUGUUAAUAAUGACAACAUCUAUGCCAAGACUGCUAUCCUGGACUAUCCCUCCAUUGGAAUGCUCACUGACAAACUGGCUGAGAAUAAUAUUAACCUCAUCUUUGCUGUAACUGAGAAUGUGGUACCUCUGUACCUAAAUUACAGUAAGCUGAUUCCUGGUACCACUGUUGGGAAACUGUCUUAUGACUCGAAAAAUGUCAUCGAACUCAUCCUGGAUGCGUAUGCGAAUAUCAGGUCAAAGGCAGAGUUGGAGGUGUUGAACGUUCCGGAUGAGCUGAGCUUGUCGUUUAAUGCCACAUGCCUCAACGGAGAGUUAGUACCCGGCGUUAGAUCCUGCUCAGGACUUAAAAUAGGAGACACGGUGUCAUUCAGUGUAGAGGCAAAGCUCCGUAGCUGUCCAAAAGUGAAGAGUCAUACAUUCAGCAUCAAGCCUCUAGGUUUUAAAGAAACACUGCAGGUGACCGUCAAUUUCGCAUGCAACUGCUCAUGCCAAGAUUCUGCCCAGCCUGCUAGCCCCACCUGUAAUAAUGGCACACUGGAGUGCGGUGUGUGUCGGUGUGACUCAGGACGCCUAGGGCCACAUUGCGAAUGCACCGAGGCCGACUUCAAUCCCAACGACACAGACAGCUGUAAACCCUCCCCUGGUGCAGCUAUCUGCAAUGGACGAGGCGACUGCGUGUGUGGCCAAUGUAGCUGUCACUCAAGAGACUUUGGGAAGGUGUGGGGCAAAUACUGUGAGUGUGACGACUUCAGCUGCAUCCGCUCCAAAGGGCAACUUUGUUCUGGUCAUGGCGAUUGUGUAUGUGGGUUCUGUCAGUGCUAUCCUGGCUGGUCAGGCGAGAGCUGUAAUUGUUCCACAAGGACGGACACUUGCAUGGCUAGCAUUGAUCUGCUGUGUAGCGGCCGUGGUGAGUGUUUGUGCGGUGUGUGUUCAUGCAGCUUGCCUGGAGCAUACGGUGCCACCUGUGAGAAAUGUCCCACCUGCCCCGACUCCUGCACCUUGAAAAAGGACUGUGUGGAGUGUAAGCACUAUAAGAGAGGACCGCUGUUUGAGAAGAAAAGCUGCAACACUGCAAUCUGCAGAGAUGAAAUCCAGUUGGUGGAUGAGCUAGCCUUCCAUGAGAAGAGCGCGUUGAAUUGCAGCUACAAAGAUGAGGAUGACUGCAUUCAUCACUUCCAGUACUAUGAAGACAUCAGUGGAAAAUCCAUUCUCUACCUCGUUAAAGAACCCGAGUGUCCUAAAGGUCCUGAUAUCCUGGUAGUGGUGGGUUCUGUCAUUGGCUCCAUCUUCUUGCUGGGCUUGGCUGCUCUGCUGGUUUGGAAGCUGCUGGUCAGUAUUCAUGACCGCCGAGAAUUUGCCAAGUUUGAGGAAGAAAGAGCCAAGGCCAAGUGGGAAGCGGGUAAUAACCCGUUGUAUAAAGGAGCUACAACUACUUUUACAAACGUGACGUACAGUGGCAACUCCUAAAGACCCAACACCUUCAUCAACAACAGUCACUUGUCUCAGUGAUGGUCACGUAACCUCUCUGGGUAUCACUUCGCACUUUCCACCAAUCAAUGUUGUCAGAAGUCUAGCGCUGAUGAGGAGGCAGACAUGUCAGUCCUGUGACUGUGCUAACAGGCAGAAUUGUGCCUGGGAUAAUCAUCUUUGACAUUGAUCUGAACUUUUAUUUCAACAAAAUAAAUCACCUGAAAUAACAAUAAUAAAUAGUAUUUCAAAUGAAAACAAGGAAAUUGGGGGAGAUACUGAAAUAAACUUAAAGUCUAUUUUGUGGGAAAUAUAUUUUUGUGUUGGUGUUUAAUAAAAAAAAACUUGUUUUAAAAUGUAAGCAUGGUUGAGGUUAAAGCAUAUAAUUUCUCCUUCCAUACUGUACAUGAAGAUUAUGUAACAAAGACUGCCUGUUUUGAAUUUCUCAUGGUUGUGAUGUCACUACCAUGAACACAUUUACAUAUGUAAAUCUGUAGUAGAGCUAUGAAAAGUUCGAGGAGAACAGCUAAUCGUUAUGCAGUUCCUCGCUGUCUGGAAGCAAAUGUAUCACGAAGGGUUUAGACAUUAUAAUCACUUUUUUCCCCCCAGGCAUCCCUGAUUAUCUCAAGUUUGUUUAGCAAAAUGAGAUUUACUAUUAGAAUUAUUCAGAAUUUUUUUUUUUUUUGCAAAAAUGUGUUUUUUGUGGGGGUUUUUUUAUAAACAUGUUAUAUACGCAUUAAGUGUGGAAAGUUUAACAUCAAAAUAUUACCUGAAAGUCAUAAGAUUUUGGCAUUUUUCCCUCUGAGAUUGGAAAAUGCUAUUGCAAGCUACAUGUGGGAGAACAUUUCCAAAUGUGGGUUGUGCUGUGCUCUUCCUCCACUGAGCGCAUAAAUCUCACAACUGUGAGUGCACAACAUUCAGAUAGAACUCAAAGCUAUAUCCUAAACCGCACAAUAUACACUAAGUAGUAUGCCUAAAUAGUAACGACACUAAUGGUGUUGUGACAUACUAUUCAAAAGCCUGCAUCUCUGAUGGUAUGGGGGUGCAUUAGUGCCUAUGGAAUGAACCAUACCUGCACCAGAGCCACAUCUCCCUGCAGUUUUCGCCUGGUUUCCCACUGAAGCUAAGCAGGGCUGAGCCUGGAUGGGAAACAUCUUGGGGGAAACUAAGGUUGCUGCUGGAAGUGGUAUUAGUGAGGCCAGCAGGAGAUGAUCACCCUAUGGUCUGUGUGGGGCCUAAUGCCCCAGUGUAGUGACAGGGAACGUUAAACCAGCCUCUUAUCAGCGCUCAGUUCAAAAGCCUGCAUUUUUGAUGAUAAGACAUUAAACCGAGGUCCUGACUCUCUGUGGUUAUUAAAAAUCCUCGUAAAAGAGUAGGGGUAUAACCCCGGCGUCCUGGUGAAAUUCCCCCAUUGGCCCUUUUCUAUCACGGCCCCCUAAUAAUCCCCAUCUCUGAAUUGGCUACAUCACUCUCUCCUCUAGACUAAUAGCUGGUGUGUGGUGGGCGUUCUGGCGCACUAUGGCUGUUGUCGCGUCAACCAGGUACACACCAUCAUGCUACACACUAGUGGUGGUUGAGGAGAUCUCCCCCACAUACUAUGUAAAGCACUUUGAGUGUCUAGAAAAGCGCAAUAUAAAUCUAACUGUAACUAUAGAAUGAGCCACUUGCACAUCUGGAAAG